AUGGAGAGCACAAAUCGCUCCCUCUUUGAAGCGCCCUACUUCUUCGGGUACAUUUGCGAGGACGAUGUUUUCGAUGAAAACGGCAAGGUUAAAAUCCGCGUACGGAACCACUACGAAUGCGAAGUUCUUCAGCUGAAUAGGACUUUUGCUGAAAAGUAUCAUCUCCACAAUGAUUCAUCGUCCUACGUUGCAGCUGACUACCAGAAAGACUCUUAUAGGUCAACAUUUCGAAUCGAUGCUGGAAUAGACAGAGAUGAUUUUCAAAACGGAACAAAUGGAUUUUCUUGGUGCCCAGCUAACCCUUAUAUUCCACAACGGUUCCGUUAUAAAAUAAAGCUUGGAAUACUGCUUGCCUCGAAAGAUAAGAGGGAGAAAGCUCUUUGCACAGAGAAAAAACUCGUCAAAACAACGCUUAUACGAUUUGCACCACGACAGGGUUUCUGA